GGUUGGACGGUUUGUUUACGUUUCGGGACUGGGAAGCGCGCCACUCAAACUUGGAAUUUGUGUUAGGUUAGAAAGUUAGGAAGACAAAUAAAACAAUCUCAGCAAGAUGGAGCAAGGAAUGACAUCUAAAGAAAAGCAUCUGACUCAUAAUACUUUAGUCUCACUGCUAAUGUCAUUGAAAGGCCAGCAAACUACUGUCGAUUUGAGAAACCGAUCGUCAGUGACAGGGACAGUGGAGCGAUGUGACGCGUAUAUGAACAUAGAGAUGAAACAUGUCUUAUUUAGAGAUGCUAGUGGUAAAGCUCAUAUCUUUGAGUACUUUUUUGUACACAAGAGAAACCUAAGAUAUGUCCAUAUCCCACCUCAGGUAAAUAUGCGCAAAGCUGUUGAAACAUUCUUGGACCGCUUAACAAUCAAAAGGCAAGAACCACAGAAAGUUCGAGCUGCAACAUUGCGCAGACAACAAGAAACCAUUGCACGUGUUCAAAGGAUCAAAGCAAAACAAACGGAAAAGAAAUGAUGGCUGUGGAAAAUGUGUCACAGUUGAUAUAAAAUUCAUGAUUUUGAGGGCAUAAUAACUGCUCAAACUGAAAACACUUAUCUAGGCUUCUGGUUCGUGUAUAAAUAUAUUUAUUGACUUUUUAAAUAUUCAGUUAUAAAUGGUUGUUAUAUAUUUUCCUUUAAAAUUUAAAACCAAUGUUAGUUCAUUACAGUUAUCAGAUACAGUACUACAGAUCAUUUUGUUCAAGACAGUGGUUUAAAAUAUCACAUUUAUCACAAUGAAGGGGAAAGUGGAAGACUGAAUAAGCCUUAUGUUUUAAACACUGUAAAUAAACAGUUAACAACAGUA